AUGACGUCGCUGUCUGUCUCUGUUUGGUCCCCAGUUCCACCGGUGGUGGAGCCAGCCUUCCAGGAUGUGCGGCAGGGCAUGGGGCGCAGCGUCACCCUGCGCUGCACCAUGCUGAAGGGCAGCCCCAUGAAGGUGGCCACCUCUGUCUGGCGCUUCAAUGGGACCCUGCUGGCGCAGCCCCCUGCAGAGCAGCAGGACUACUCGGAGCUAAAAGUGGACAGCGUGAGCCGGGAGACCAGUGGCAGCUACGAGUGCAGCAUCUCCAAUGAUGUGGGGGUCUCCACCUGCCUCUUCCAGGUGUCUGCAAAAGCUUACAGCCCAGAGUUUUACUAUGACACUCCAAACCCCACCCUGAGCCAGAAGCAAUCCAAGAAUUACUCUUACAUCUUGCAGUGGACACAGAAGGAACCUGAUGCUGUGGAUCCUAUCCUCAAGUAUCGCCUGGAAGUCAGGCAGCUGGCUCAGCGAAACAUCAUCCAAACCUUCAUUCCUGUACAGAAAAUGGAGAAAGGCCUGUUGCUGGAGCACAUCCUGCCCAACCUGAAGGUGCCUCAGAGCUACGAAGUUCGCUUGACACCUAUCACCAGCUUUGGGGCUGGCGAUAUGGCUGCCCGCAUCAUCCGGUACAUGGAACCAAUCAACUAUCCCAGCCCAACAGAUAACACCUGUCGCUUUGAGGAUGAGAAGAUCUGCGGCUUCGUGCAAGACAAGAUGGACAACUUUGACUGGACACGGCAGAACGCCCUGACCCAGAACCCCAAGCGUACUGUCAACACAGGGCCACCCACGGACAUCAGCGGUACGCCAGAGGGUUAUUACAUGUUCAUCGAGGCCUCUCGGCCCCGGGUGACAGGAGACAAAGCCCGGCUGAUCAGCCCACUGUACAACAUCACGGCCAAGUACUACUGUGUCUCCUUCUACUACCACAUGUACGGCAAGCACAUCGGCUCCUUGAAUCUGCUGGUUCGUGUGAGGAACAAGCGGGCCAUCGACACCCAGGUGUGGUCACUGAGCGGGAACCGGGGGAACAUGUGGCAGCAAGCACAUGUGCCCAUCAACCCGCCUGGGCCCUUCCAGAUCAUCUUCGAAGGUGUCCGGGGCACGAGCUAUGAGGGAGACAUUGCCAUCGAUGAUGUCACUCUGAAAAAGGGGGACUGUCCAAGGAAGCCAAUUGGACCGAAUAAGGCGGUUGCUCUUCCAGGAAGUGGGGUUCCAGCCCAGCAUGGCCCUUGUCUUUGUGGCCCAUUGACUUUCUUCCUUUACGUGCUGCUCAGAUGAUGGCAAGUGAGCGCUCCUGUCUUCGGACCGAGACAUUCCUGCUCCUUUCCUACUCAGCCACCUCUGCUCCUCUUCCUCCCCUCCUCACUGGCACACCAAAGUGUCCAUAUGUUACCAAAGACUGACAGGCAUGACCACGCAAAGGGAUCUGGUUCAGAACUGGAGCACUCCUUGAGAAAGUCAUAAUGUCUAAGACAAAAUUAAAAAAUAAAGACAAUGUUUUUUAAAAAGCACGUGCACAAGAGAGU